UGCCAUGCACCCAAAGGUCUGCAGGGAUCAUACAAUCAAAUACUCACACAAAGGUAAGAAUUUAAAUUAACGACACUGUACAGUGGGGGAAGAAAACUACAUUCUCUCAACGAUUAGAUCAAGAGACUGGUUUUGUGGUUGAGAUUGUGUUAAAACUUAACCUAACAUUAACAAUUAUGAAUAAGAUCUCAAUGAAUUAUUCCGGGGUAUGGCCCAAAAUACUAGUUAGCUUUCUAGGGUUAGAGUUAGCCUUCUGGGGUUAGAGUUAGCCUUCUAGGGUAUGGCAACCAAACGUCCCGUUUUUUCGUUUUUUCACGAUCGUACCCGAUGUCCCGGAAAAGUCUCUCGGGACGCCUAAAUGUCCCGUUUUUAAAACAAACCCAUUUUCAAAUCACUUAAACUUCCUAAUUUAUAAUAUAACUUCAAGUAAUAUUUUGCCCAGCUGUGGUAGCCAGUGCCAGUAGUGAUGUGGGCUCGCGUGACGGCUCCACUGUUCCCAAUUCACCCAUCCAGCUGAAGCUGCUUAAACGACAGUGUGCCUGCCACCGAUCUUACAUGUAUAAAUAAAUAAGUAUUCACUGCAAAAUUAUUCUUUUCGAUUAUGAUAUGUCUCACACUUUAAGAUAAAUUAUACAAGUAAAGGUACAUUUUUAAAAGAUUUCAAGUCUUAAAAUAGUUAAAAUAAACAUAAUUAAAUAAACAGUUUUCGGCGGAGGCCCCCAGACCCCUCUUUAGCUGGAGGGUAUCCGCCCCCCCACCAAACGCUCCUUUGGUGUGUCCCGUUUUUUCCAGUUCAUGAUUGUGUCACCCUAUUCUAGGGUUACAGUUAGCCUUCUGCAAUUACAGUUAGCAUUCUAGGGUUAAAGUUAGCCUUCUAGGGUUACAACUUAGUCUUCUAGGGUUAAAGUUAGCCUUCUAGGGUUAAAGUUAGCAUUCUAAGGUUAAAGUUAGCCUUCUAGGGUUAAAGUUAGCAUUCUAAGGUUAAAGUUAGCCUUCUAAGGUUAAAGUUAGCAUUCUAAGGUUAAAGUUAGCCUUCUAGGGUUAAAGUUAGCAUUCUAAGGUUAAAGUUAGCCUUCUAGGGUUAAAGUUAGCAUUCUAAGGUUAAAGUUAGCCUUCUAGGGUUAAAGUUAGCAUUCUAAGGUUAAAGUUAGCCUUCUAAGGUUAAAGUUAGCAUUCUAAGGUUAAAGUUAGCAUUCUAAGGUUAAAGUUAGCCUUCUAGGGUUAAAGUUAGCCUUCUAAGGUUAAAGUUAGCCUUCUAGGGUUAAAGUUAGCAUUCUAAGGUUAAAGUUAGCCUUCUAGGGUUAAAGUUAGCAUUCUAAGGUUAAAGUUAGCCUUCUAAGGUUAAAGUUAGCAUUCUAAGGUUAAAGUUAGCCUUCUAGGGUUAAAGUUAGCAUUCUAAGGUUAAAGUUAGCCUUCUAGGGUUAAAGUUAGCAUUCUAAGGUUAAAGUUAGCAUUCUAAGGUUAAAGUUAGCCUUCUAGGGUUAAAGUUAGCCUUCUAAGGUUAAAGUUAGCCUUCUAGGGUUACAACUUAGUCUUCUGGGCUUCCUUGAGACUGGAAGCUUUUUUAAUAACGGCCAAUAAAUAAAUAUGUACAUGCAUUAUAAAUAAAAUAUAUAGAACAAAAAAUCAGAUGUCAUCCGCACUUAUGUUUUGAAUGUUUAGCACAGUUUCUUUCUCGGUUUUUUGCAUAAAAAGAUCGCAGAGCUAUAGGCCAGGUGUUGUAAAUUUAAGUGGUACGCGCCCUUAACGCGUAUACGAAGCCAUCUGGACAUCAGGUCAAGAAGUCCGUUUGACCCGAAUUUAAAUGGAAUAUUUAACAUUCAUUAACUAGUUGGUAGCUAAAAGAUUAGCAGCCAAAGGAUACGGGAUAUAAAUAUAUAUAUAUAUAUAUAUAUAUAUAUAUAUAUAUAUAUAUAUAUGUGUGUAUAUAUAUAUAUAUAUAUAUAUAUAUAUAUAUAUAUAUAUAUAUAUAUAUAUAUAUGUGUAUAUAUAUAUAUAUAUAUAUAUAUAUAUAUAUAUAUAUGUAUAUUUAAUGUAUGUAAAUUUAAAAAUUCCCUUAUAUGGAAAAAAUAUUUUUUUAUAACUUUUUAAAAAUCUUUUAAAUUAACUUUUGACACAUUAAUAUAUUUAAUGUAUAUAUAUGUAUAUACGUCAAAGCAGUGCGCAGUCUAAUUUUGAUAGUGAAAGUAUACAUGAGAAAGUAUAAGAAAAUAUAUUAAAACAUAAUGAUUUAUUUAAUCAUUCAUUCAUUAUUUUCCUUCAUUCAUUCGUUUAGGAUCUCCUCUUUCCUUCUUUGUUCCUUUAAACGGAACCAACACAACUUUAUUGAACAUAACGAGUAGCUCACAUGGGGAAUUCACCGCACAGGAGUCGGGCAUCUUUCUCAUGCGGUUCAACGUGAGUACCUACUGCUUGGUUUUUUUUGUUUUUUUUUUGGCAUUCAGAACAUACGGUUGGUUUAUUUAGCAUUUAAUGCCUACAACUUUGUAAAUAAACAUUCACAACCUACAAGUUGUCAUCAAGCAUUCACAUCCUGCAGCGCGUCAUUUAACAUUCACAACCUACAACCUACAACCUUUAUUUAGCACCAACGGCGGUUUAUAAUUUAAGCAUUCAAUACCGACAGCCAGCUAUUUCGCGUUCACAGCCUACAGCUAGUAAUUCGGCAAUUCACAAUCUACGGCUAGUUGUUUAGCAUUUAGGACACACAUAUUUCUUUUUUAAAAUAGCAUUCAGUACCUACAUCUAGUUAUUUAGCAUUCACAACCUGUCAACUCUGUGUUUCUGCUAGACUGGUUAAUUCGUCAAGUUCUUUAACGCGUUGUCAUGCGUCGUAUGAAUAUUGAAUGAACUCAAGUCCUUAAACGCAAUAUAGAUAACAUUAAUACCUAACUAUAUGCACAGGCCUUACUUUUCAAAAAAAAAAAAAAACAACACAUGUAUAUAGCGCAGAUCACUAUCAGACAAGAAAGAAACACACAUCCUACUUCAACAAAUUCCACUCACGACUAAAACUUACUUCACAAUACAGUCUGGACAAUGCGUCUUAAUCGGCAUAAAAAUACGUCAAUAAGUCAAGCACGGAAAAGAGCGUUCACUAACUUAUAAAACUUUCAAACAUAAUAUUCAUUCGCAGCAAUUAUCAAAUGAACUCCUAUACUGGAAACAACCUACAGCUAGUUAUUUAGAAUUCACAACCUACAGCUAGUUAUUUAGAAUUCACAACAUACAGCUAGUUAUUUAGAAUUCACAACCUACAGCUAGUUAUUUAGAAUUCACAACCUACAGCUAGUUAUUUAGAAUUCGCAACCUACAGCUAGUUAUUUAGAAUUCGCAACCUACAGCUAGUUAUUUAGAAUUCGCAACCUACAGCUAGUUAUUUAGAAUUCGCAACCUACAGCUAGUUAUUUAGAAUUCACAACCUGCAGCUAGUUAUUUAGAAUUCACAACCUACAGCUAGUUAUUUAGAAUUCACAACCUACAGCUAGUUAUUUGGAAUUCACAACCUACAGCUAGUUAUUUAGAAUUCACAACCUACAGCUAGUUAUUUAGAAUUCACAACCUACAGCUAGUUAUUUAGAAUUCACAACCUACAGCUAGUUAUUAAGAAUUCACAACUUACAGCUAGUUAUUUGGAAUUCACAACCUACAGCUAGGUAUUUAGAAUUCACAAAAUACAGCUAGUUAUUUAGAAUUCACAACCUACAGCUAGUUAUUUAGAAUUCACAACCUACAGCUAGUUAUUUAGAAUUCACAACCUACAGCUAGUUAUUUAGAAUUCACAACCUACAGCUAGUUAUUUAGAAUUCACAACAUACAGCUAGUUAUUUAGAAUUCACAACAUACAGCAUUUUAUGUAGCUUUUUUAACCAAGUGCCCUUAGUCUUGGAAAUUUAAACUUUAUUUAAUACUUAGAUUUUUUUUUUUAAUCCAUUAAAGAUUUGCAGAUCACCAAUAUGUUUCGAAAUAUAAGUAGGUUUAAUUAUGAAUAAAGCAAGAAAUAUUUUUUGCCAAAUUUGUAAGAAAACCAUGACGGACUUUUGCCAGGGUCGAUGCGCAAAAAAUUAAGAAGUGAAAAUCUUGCAUCAUCUAAUUAUUAAUUCGGAAAUGACGUCAAGCCAAAGCAAAACUAAAUCGUAUCCACUCGGUUUACUUUUUAUUGCCGAUAAUCGAUUUUCUUUAAUUAUAAAACGGGAAAUUAUAUGUUUAAAUUAAUAUGUUAAUAGAAGUAUCGAUCCUAAAACAUUCUUAAUUUGCAUGUGUGUGUGUGAGUGUUUGUGAACAAUGUCCAUGGUUACGUUAAAAAAAAAAAAAAUUAAAUUCUGCCUGAUUGACAUCACGAGUUCGAUGCUUGUGUUGUUUGAAUACACAAUGUACACAUCUACCUCCUCCCCCAACCCCUCCCCAGAUCGUCAUGAUAGACCACGACAAGAAUCGUUCCGUAGGAGUUUUUGUUGACGACACCCCAGUAAUGGCGUGCCCUCCCGGCGGCUACCAAAAGCCAAAGGAGAAAUUGGACAACCACAGGAUUUGUAGCUUUAACGGUAAGUUUUCAUUGCGCAGCGACAACUCUGCACCUUUUGAUAAGAAAUCAGUUUAGUGUAUGUACAUUUCCGACGUACACAAAAAUCAAGAAGCAUUUCUAUCAAAAAUCCUCGAUAAACGUACUUAAAAUAAAUAAAAGAAAGACACAAGACAACAACAUUUAUUUGUUCCUAGUAUCGUAUAAGAUCUUUAAGGGACACAUGUAACAAACAAACAAACAAACAAACAAACAAAUGUCACAUAAAAAUUACUUUUGACAAGCCGGCUAUUUUCAAGUCUAGAUUUCCCCCAAAAAAGACAUAAUCAUAGUUCAAUGUCGAUUUGUAUGCCUUGUUAAAUGGGUUAGCCAACUGAGGUAAGUACAAGUCUAAAGUGUUACUGUAAAAAAAAAUGAAAAAAUUCGGCUGUGAUUUCAUCAGUUCCAGUGUUUUUGUUGUUUGUUUUUAAAUGACCGAUUAUGUGUUUUUAGUGACAGAACAUGUGUUUUAAUGACAGAGAGUGUGUCUUUUUGGCAACAGAUCAUGUUUUGAUUUAGUAACAAGUUAUGCGUUGUUUUAAUGACAGAUCAUGUGUUGUUUUGUGUCCAAUCAGUUACUGGUGGCUCAUCAAACAGUUUUUAAUCUUUCUUAACCAUAAAUCUCGUGCUGCUCCGACAGGUAUUCUCCAGAUGAACAAAGGCGACAAACUCCAGCUGAGGACAAUGGAAGACAACACCACGGUGCGAAUAGAGAGUAAAGACAAGGCCUUCAUCAAAGUAACGCUGCUCCACAGAAUGAGUCAGGGAGUGAUACCCAAAUGAUGACACGCUGAGAUUUAGAUUACUUUUCUGUUGUGGCGGAUUGUUGAAGAGAAGAACGGGACUAUAGUUGUGUUACUGCUUAACUUGUGAAAACUUCGUGUACAUUAAACAGUUCUAUACGCUUUUUUUUCCUUACGAUCAUUAUAGCUUUAAUAUUGCUCAAAAGUAUGAUUUCAAAAUGAUUUUUUUUUAAAAUUUGAUGUAUAUUAAUUGUAAAUCAAGGCUUGGUAUAAAGGGGUUGGUGUCAACAAAACAAUGUUUGUUAUGUACAAUGAAUAAAGCGCGUAUAAUUAGUCGAAGCCCAAAAACGGAUUUAUAGUUGUCUUUCAAGUUACUCCAAGACCUUCGAUCACUCCCUCUCCGUGGCACUACAGCCCAUUAUAGGGCUUUGGCCUUCCUCACCACUUCCUUCCACUCAGACCAUCCAUCCAUCCUUAUGGCGCUACAGCCCAUGCAGGGCUUUGGGCUGCCUCACUUCUUCCUUCCACUCAGACCAUCCAUCCAUCCUUGUGGCGCUACAGCCCAUUUAGGGCUUUGGCCUUCCUCACCACUUCCUUCCACUCAGACCAUCCAUCCAUCCUGUGGCGCUACAGCCCAUGUAGGGCUUUGGCCUGCCUCACUGCUUCCUUCCACUCAGACCAUCCAUCCAUCCUUCUGGCGCUCCAGCCCAUGUAAGGCUUUGGCCUGCCUCACUACUUCCUUCCACUCAGACCAUCCAUCCAACCUUAUGGCUAUACAGCUCAUUUAGGGCUUUGGCCUGCCUCGCCACUUCCUUCUACUCAGUUCCAACUAACGCUUUUCUUUUACAUGCUUGGAUUCACAGCUGCUGUAGAUCUUUGUCCACAUCAUCCAUCGGUCUAAUGCCUAAGUCUGCCUUUGAGUCGUUUCCCCAAGGGGUUUUGGUGAUGUAUCCUCUUCACUCCUCUGUCUGUUGGCAUUCUUUCUAAGUAUCCCGUCCAUAGUAGUCUGCCCUUUUCUAUUUCUGCUACUAAUAGUUGAUCCAGAUAUAGACUAUUCCAAGACCUUAGUCAAAGUAAAUUUAAAAUUAAAAAAUGAAAAGAUACCGCAAAAAUAAUAACUAGAGAAUAUACGGUUUGUGGUCGAUGGUGGCUCUAAUGCACUCGUCCGGUGCUCCUUGAGCCUCGGGGGGUACUAGGACAAUCCUUUCCCUGAUCAGGGAGGAGAUCGGUUGAGGGAUUAAUAAAUCAAUCAAUCUUGAAGUUUAACACACUCACACAGACAAUUGCAGGAUGAUUUUUAAAUAAAAAAAUAAAAAAUCUAUGAACACUUUGUGAGGAGAAUCGCAAUAAAUGGUGAUGAACUGUAAUUUAAGUUCCUUCUUUUUUUUUUCUUUUUUUUUUUUUUGAAAAAAAAAUCAGAUUUAUGAUAUUACGGCCGGUAAAAAAUCUUUUAAAAAAAAUUAAAACUUAAAAAUUUGGAGCUUUACCUACUCUGUCAAACAUCCAAGUGAAAUGCCUUUUCAAUUUUGUAAUUUAAGUUCCUUCUUUUUUUUUUCUUUUUUUUUUUUUUGAAAAAAAAAUCAGAUUUAUGAUAUUACGGCCGGUAAAAAAUCUUUUAAAAAAAAUUAAAACUUCAAAAUUUGGAGCUUUACCUACUCUGUCAAACAUCCAAGUGAAUUGCCUUUUCAAUUAUUAUAAAUUGAACUCAAACAUGGUUUCCCUUCUGGUGCCUCUGAUUUCAUCCCAUGGCAAGUGUUAUUGAAAACAUAUAUUUUUAAAUGAAUAUUAGGAACUAUGUGGUCAUUCACGAAAAGAUACAAAAUCUUUCCAUUAAUUUCAGUUAAGAAUGGCGAAAUCCUAUUUUUUAGUUGUAUGUUUUCAUUAACUCAUUUAUUUUAUAGUGAUUUUUAUUUCUAGAAUUUUUAUUUUUUUUCUGUGCUAUAAAUUAAAAUAUAAUUUUCUAGUUUGGAUUUUUAAUGGGCUUUUUUUUCUUCAAUUUUUUGAAAAUACACAUUGCCUGUUUCGGGAAGCCUAACCCAUUAACACUUUGGGAAGUUGAUAUCCCAAAGGGAACAACAUUACUCCCCAAAAAUAUUUGCUCAGUGCCUUUAAAUAUUAUUCACGUUGUGUAAAUCCUGUAAAAAUUGUACAGACGCUAAACUUAGCUAGAUGUGCACAGUCUUAUAACGGCUUAUUACAUUCAGUCUACGCCUAGACCGCUAGUCUUAUAGCGGCGUAUUACAUUCAGUCUACGCCUAGACCACUAGCUGGUCUUUAGUUGGAACUGAAAGGCUUACAUUCGAUUUUACUUUAAGUUUUUUCUUUUGUUUUUCUUUUCUUUUUUUUUUGUUGCUUUUUUUUUUUUUUUUUUUUUUUUAAAAAAAAAUUUUUUUUGACAUUUUUAAUUUUUUUACUUUUUUUAAAAAAACCUAUAAAAAUUUUUUUUUUUUUCUUGUCUUUAUUUGUAACUGAAAGUCUUACAUUUUUUUUUACUUUAAUUUUUUUCUUUUGUUUUUCUUUUCUUUUUUUUUUGUUGCUUUUUUUUUUCUGUUUGUUGUUUUAAAAAAAAAUAUCUCUAGACAUUAUGAAUUCAUUUACUUUUUUUAAAAAAACCUAUAGAUAAUUUUUUUUUUAAAGUUCUACUGUCCAUCAAAUCAAAUUUUAAAAUUAUGAAAAGUUAAACUUUGAAAAAUACUAUAAAAUCAUUUUUGACAUUUAUUUAGCUUAAAAAUAAAAUGUCACUUUUUGUAUGCCUUUUUCAAACAUGCAGCAACAAAAAAUGUCAAUACAUGUAAGUGAACUUUAAAAGAUGACUCAAUAAUACAAAUCAGGUCUGUCCAACACCAAAAGCUUCACUUUUUUUUUAUUACAUGUAUUACUUUUCGUGACACCUUAUAAUAAGUCAUGAGAAAUUAAAGAAAACAAAUGAGUACAUUUCCUGGGAUUUCACGUUUCACGGUAUCAAGUAAAAAUAAAAUGGUUGAGACCGUCUCAAUCUGAAAUAAUAUUUUUUUUCCAAGAAACUAAACCAGCUAACUUGAAGUUGGACAGCCCUGGUCUACAUAUAUCCGUAAUAUUUUCGCUGCAGUUUCGAGGAGUGUUAUCAUUUGGUAUUGUUAUUGUACGACCAGUUUUAAAUGCAUUAAAAUAUAUUGGCAAAUAAAAGGUUGUUUCAAUGAAAACA